AACUGUCGUCAUCAUGGAUCUCAAAGUGGUGUUCCUCGGAGUCUGCUUCUGUGCGUUUGCAGUCACCUACAGUGAAGCUGGUAUCCCCAGAUGCUGCAUGUCGACCAGAAGUGACAUCGCUCCACGAGUCCUUUUCAAUGUUCAGAGAUGGGAGAUACAACACAGCAGUGGAGCCUGUGACAUCUCCGCACUCAUUCUUUAUGUAAAAAGACACCAGCGACCGAUUUGUGCAGAUCCUAAACUGAAGAGUACUUUAAUGAAAAUUCAGAGCAGGAGGAAACGCAGCCAUCGCAAGGAUAAGGUCUGAAUAAAAGUUUCCUUGGUGGAGACGUAACAUGACCUUCCAAAACAUGUCUGUACUUUUGUAUUGUGUUCCAUCCCUGACCCGCUCCCCUCUACCACAACGCAAAGAAAAUAAUAUGUGAACUAUGUGUGAGGAGAAAACCUGCAGCUAAUCUCUGAGUACCAUUUGAGACAAUCUAUGUCAGUUAUAUAAAGUUUUUUGGGGGGUUUUUUGUACUCUUCAAAUGUUAAUCUUGCUGGGCAUUUUUGGUUUGGUUUUAUGUCAUCGUUGUUUUUGUUUAAUAUGUACAAAGUAUUACUCAACACAGCUUAUAUGUAAUCGUAUUACACUGGAUUAAUGCUGUUUUGUUUUGUUUUUUUAUAUUUAAAGGUGCACUAUGUAACUUUGUGGUUGGCAAUCCGUCACCUGUUUGUUUCUAUGGAUACGUCAUUGCUCAGCCUGGAAUGUUCCACCGUAUGACAUUAAACAGCUCUACUUUACAUUUACUCAAUUACAGGUGGUGUUAAAGCUAAAAUCAAUACUUUGAAAAACACUGGCGUUCUGACUGUGAGCAAGCUUGCCUCUCCAGAGACCUGACCUGUAACUUGGUCUCCAUGAGGAUAGAAAGGUUUAAUGCCAUACUUGUGAAACAUUCCAGACAAAGCAAUAACAUCUCCAUGGAGAAAAGCAUUUGACAGGCCCUUCACUACAAAAUUUACACAAUGCACUUUUAAUGAACUUGUAAAAUGUCACUAAACAUUUAAACACAAAUAUAAAGAAAUGUUGUUUUGUUUUGUUUUUAUAACAAACCUUUAAAACAGGGAUUUUGUUGUCUGUUGAAAUAAAACAAAUGUAAAUAAAUGAACUAUAAUCAA